AUGGCAACUGAGAGCCGACCUUUGGAUGUCGAAGAGAACGGCAACGAGAGGCCAGCAAAGAGGGCACGUGUUGAGGAUGCUCCCGAGAACACAGCCAAGUCAAAUGUUGCGGAGGAUGGCGAGGAGGAUCUUUACGCUGCAACAGAAGCCAGUGAGCCUGUUCGCGCGUCCGACUUGUAUCUGGACACGAUCAACAGAGCAGUCCUGGACUUCGACUUUGAGAAAGUCUGCUCGGUAUCGCUGUCAAACAUCAACAUCUACGGUUGUCUCGUCUGCGGCAAAUACUUCCAAGGUCGAGGGAAGAGCUCCUAUGCUUAUGCCCAUGCAAUACACGACGAUCACCAUGUCUUCAUCAAUCUUGAAACGGCAAAGGUGUACGUGUUGCCAGACGGGUAUCCCGUCUCGGACCCAUCUCUAGAAGACAUCUCGUUCGUCCUCGCCCCUUCGUUUAGUAAAUCUUCCAUUGCGAACCUCUCUGCGCCAGCACACCUCCUGAAGCCUUCAUAUGACUUGUCCUCUAAGCCGUACAUUCCCGGCUACAUCGGUCUCAACAAUAUCAAGAGAAAUGACUACAUGAAUGUCAUCAUCCAUUCACUGCUACAUGUCCCUCCACUGCGUGACUACCUCUUACUGUCAAAUUUCAAGGGCAAGGAGUCGGAAAUGCUCAGGCGUUUUGCUGGUUUGGCGAAGAAAGUCUGGAACCCGCGGUUAUUCAAGAGCCAAGUUAGUCCUCACGAGUUACUGCAAGAGGUGGGACGCGCCAGUGUGGGAAAGUUCAGUCUGGAGAAGCAAGGCGAUCCAGCGGAGUUCUUGGGGUGGCUUCUAAACCACCUGCACAAGGAUAUGGGAGGCACUAAGAAACGGAACUCGAGUGUCAUGUUUUCUACGUUUCAAGGCGAGCUUCGUAUGGAAACGCAACAGGUCGUGGUGCGAUCUGAUCUCAGAGGAAAUGAAAAGCCGAGAUUUGACAUUGAUCGAGAGAUCAGGACGACGACGUCCCCGUUCUUGUUCCUGGCUGUUGACCUCCCACCACCUCCUUUGUUUCAAGACUCAGUAGAGAAGAACAUCAUUCCUCAAGUCAGUAUACAAUCGGUUCUGGCCAAGUAUGAUGGACGGACGGCUCAGGAAUCUGCUGGUCAGCUGCGCCGCUUCAAGCUGCAGAGAUUGCCCCCAUACAUCGUCUUACAUUUCAAACGGUUCACUAAAAACGCCUUCGUUGAGGAAAAAAAUCCGACUAUCGUCAACUUUCCCCUUAGAGGGCUUGACCUUCGGGAAUACCUCGAGGUGCCUGAGAACCAUCCGCCUGCCAUGUAUGAUCUAGUCGCAAACGUGAUCCACGAGUCAGCUGCGGGAACUACCAGAGACAAGGAGAGCACGGUUUGGAAGGUACAUCUUCGCGCAGGCAGCGGUGGUGGAGAAAGCGAAAGGUGGUUCCAAAUUCAGGAUCUAAUCGUGGAGGAAAUCCGCAAAGAAAUGAUAUUCUUGGGCGAAACCAUCAUUCAAAUAUGGGAGCGACGAGACGACAGGUCCACAAUGAAUGGGCUUAGUGCCUAA